AUGUAUGUUGAGGCCAAGGAAUAUGUUCUCUACAAAGAAGGAAGUCCAGAUUACCCAAUACCAACAACCCUUAUUGAAACUGAAAACAAAGCCACAUUCUCCAUCUCAUCGGUUGAAUGGUACAAUGCAGGCCACUAUUGGUGCAUCUCUACUAGCACCAGUGGCAUUUCAGAAAUGAGUUACUUCCUGGAGCUGGUGGUGACAGGAUGCUACUCAAACAAAGUCACCUUGUCUGUCAUUUCUAGCCCUGUAGUGACCUCAGGAGGGCUCGUGACCCUUCAGUGUGUCUCAGAACAGGCAUAUAAUAUGUUUAUUCUAAUGAAGGAAGAUGAGAAGUUCUCCCUGGCUUUGCCCUCACAGAAUAUACACCCUAAGCUAUUUGGAGCUGUGUUCACUGUGGGUCCUGUGACCCCCAACCAGAGGUGGAGGUUCACAUGCUAUGGGUAUUACUCGAGCACCUCCCAGCUGUGGUCAGUGCCCAGUAACCACCUAGAGCUCCUGGUCUCAGGGAUCCGUCACAAACCCCGCAUCUGGGCUCAGCCUGGCUCUGUGAUCCCCUCAGGGAGUCCUGUUACCAUCAGGUGUCAGGCGACCCGAGAAACCCUAAUCUAUGUGAUAUAUAAAGAGGGAAGCCAAGAGCCCUGGGACCAACAGACUCAAACAGACAACAGCACUGAGGCAAAACUCACCAUUCCAUCUUUGACACAAGUGCAGGCAGGCCGGUAUCACUGUUACACUCACACCUCUGCGGGAUGGUCACAGCGCAGUGACCCCUUAGAGCUGGUGGUGACAGGAGUCUACAACAAACCCACCCUGUCAGCCACGCAAAAUCCUGUGGUAAACUUAGGAGGGUUUGUGACCCUCUCUUGUACCUCAAGCCAGAGAUAUGACUGGUUCAUUUUAACAAAGAAUGGUCAGAAGUUUCCCACCCGUCAGAGCUCAAAACACACACCCACUGGGAUGUUCCUGGCUGAGUUUCCAGUGGGUCCAGUGACCUCUAACCAGAGGUGGAGGUUCAGAUGCUAUGGCUAUUACACAAAGAAUCCUCAGGUGUGGUCAGAAGGGAGCCAGAUCCUGGAGCUCCUGGUCUCGGGGACCCUUCAGAAACCCACCUUGUGGGCUGAACCAAGUUCUGUGAUUGCCUCUGGCAAUGUUGUGACCAUCCUGUGUGAAGGGUCCAAGGAAAACCAAAUAUAUUUCCUGUAUAAAGAAGGAAGCCCAGCACCCUGGGACAGUCAAACUCUCAAAGGUCCUGGUAACAAGGCCAUGUUCUCCAUAGCAUCCAUGGAAAUGCAACAUGCAGGGAAAUAUCGCUGUUACUCUUACAAAUCUAUAGGCUGGACAGAGCGCAGUGACCCUCUGGAGCUGGUGGUGACAGGAGUUUACCCCACUAAAAUCACUCUGUCAGCCCUUUCCAGCCCUGUGGUGACCUCAGGAGGAAAUGUGACCUUUCAGUGUGUCUCACAAAAGGCAUAUGACAGGUUUAUUCUAACGAAGGAAGAUGAGAAGUUCUCCCUGGCUUUGCCCUCAGAGAAAAUAUACCCUGAGGUAUUUGGAGCUGUGUUCACAGUGGGUCCUGUGACCCCCAACCAGAGGUGGAGGUUCACAUGCUAUGGCUAUAACCUGAGGAGCUCUCAGCUGUGGUCAGUUCCCAGUAACCACCUAGAGGUCCUGGUCUCAGGAUCCAGGGACACCGUGGAGAUGGUGGUAACUGGUGACUGA